AAAUAUAACGGUUUUCACAUUAUUAUGAGUAAAAACCCAUUAAGUGGUCCAUUGGUUUUUUUUAUGAGUCAUGAUAAGGAGGGUCUCAAUUUUUAAUGGUCAUUAUCAAUUUUUAAUGGUCAUUAUUUGGGUGGUAAUGGCUCAUGAUUUCUUGAUGGUAGAAUCAAGCAUAUAAAGUGGCCUUUGGUCCCUAAGCUCUCUCAAUUCACUAUUCAGAAAAUAUACACCAUCUAUAUUGUUGAAAGUAAGAGCUUGGAAGACUAAAAGAGCAAUUCACUCACAACUCUAUUGUAACAAUGGCUGGAGCUUCUCAACCUGCUAAUUUUUCUGAUAUUCGAUGUGACAUUCCCGAGCUCAGAGGAGAUAACUAUAAGGUGUGGAAGGAAAGGAUUCUCCUCCAUUUAGGGUGGAUGGACAUAGACUAUGCUAUUAGGAAAGACGAACCACCUGCAAUUACUGAAACAAGUACUCCAGCUGCAAUUGCACUAUAUGAGCGGUGGGAGAGAUCUAACCGGCUCAGUGUAAUGUUCAUUAAGACUAAGGUUACCGCUGGAAUUCGUGGUUCUGUCGAUCAGCAUGAGAAUGUCCGUGAUUUGCUGAAAGCCAUUGACGAUCAGUUCGUCACUUCAGAAAAGGCUUUAGCAAGUACCUUGAUUAUGAAGUUUUCUUCCUACCGACUCACCAGUGUGAAAGGUGUGCGCGAACAUAUAAUGAAAAUGCGCGACAUUUCAGCUCAACUUAAGAAACUUGAGGUUGAUAUGUCUGAGUCCUUCCUGGUGCACUACAUUCUGAACUCUCUUCCAGCUGAGUACGGACAAAUGGUCAAUCAAUGA